UAUACAUCUGUAUACAUUCGCGUCUCUCUCCUGAUUGUUCACGAACUCAUACUGGCAUACGCACUCCUCAGGGACCAGGAACAGAAUCCGCUAAACUAAUAUGACAACCUCUAAGACAACGGUCUUCCUCACCGGAGCCACAGGCUACAUCGGAGGCUCCGUGCUCGCACGACUGCUGAGGCACCCGAGCGCAGAAACUUUCGAUAUCACUGUGCAAACGCGCUCUCCCGAGAAGGUUAAGCUUUUCGAGAAGUUUGGAGUGAAGGCUGUCGUCGGAACGAACGACGAUGUAGAUCAGCUUGAGGGGCUUGCGGAACAGGCACAUAUCGUGUUUUCCUGUGCCGAUGCAGACCAUCUAUCGGCCAUUAAUGCUAUUCUGCGCGGGCUUCGCAAGAGGCAUGCCACAGUUGGCGACCUACCUACCCUCAUCCACACUUCCGGAACUGGUGUGAUCAGCACGCCUGCGAAAGGCAUGUUCGCGUCUGACACGAUCUACUCCGACCUGAACGUCGAGCAAAUCAAGUCCAUCCCGCCGGAGGCCCUCCACCGCGAGGUCGACCUCGCUGUCGUGGAUGCGAACGAGAAGGGAUACGCGAACACGUAUAUCGUGCUCCCAUCGACGAUCUACGGCUUCGCGACGCACCAGCUCGUUGACGCAGGGAUCUCCAACCCAAUUUCUAUCCAGAUCCCGAGUCUGAUUCGUCCGUCGCUCGAUCGAAAGCAGGCAGGUGUGGUCGGCGCGGGAAAGGCGAUCUGGCCAGAUGUCCACAUUGACGACGUGGCGGACCUCUACAUCGUCCUAUUCGACUCUAUCACUGCAAACCCAGAUGGUGUCGGCCACGGGUGGGAAGGGUUCUACUUCGGCGAGAACGGCGAGCAUACGUGGUAUGACAUCAGCAAGGAGAUCGCCCGCACCUCCGUCGAGCUCGGUGUGGGCGGUACUGACGAGCCCACGUCAUUCACCGACGAGGAGCUGAUCAAGUACUGGGGCUCCGUGGACUCGGGAAACUACAGCGGGACCAACUCGCGCUGCCGGGCUGACCGCGGGCGGUCGAUUGGGUGGGAGCCGAAGUACACGACAAAGGAUAUGAUUACCAGCAUCAAGCCGACGAUCGAGUUCCUUCUGGAGAAGGCACGGAAGUAGUGGCAACGCCCAGAGAUAGGCAACAAAGUCGAAGUAUCGUGCAGUUGUAUCAUAGGCGAGCAUGUCAUGCUCAAUGUUCACCAUCCACAUUUUGAAUGUGGAAGGAACACGCGUACUGGGAUACCGAUCACAACUUGUCCACUGAAUGCAAACUCUGGAUUGCAAGCGAUGAGGAAAUACUGCGAUAGCCAUCGACACAAGGAUCGCCGAACGGAUUCAUGCCGAAAGU